CAUGGCGGCCAUCUAGGAUGCCUUACGGUGUUACAAAGCUGACCUUCUCAGUCCCAGAAGUUGAAGACUAUUUGAGAAAUUCCCUGUGUAUUUCCAAGCCCCUUAGAAAAUGUACAGAAAACAGUGUGGAGGACGACAUUGGGGUUAGCAGUAUAGCGGAGCAUGACCUUAGUGAUAGUACAACUGGAUUUGAUGAGCUAUUGAAGGCACUUGUUACUCCACCUUUGUACACCAUUGUGAGGGUUAAUAGUCUGAAGACAACAAUUAAUGAUGCACAGCAGGAAUUACAGAAAAUUUUGAAGAAGGAAGGAAGACAUCAUCAUUUUAAAGUGAUCCAGCAUGACCAAUUAAAAGAUGUGUUGUUAAUCCAUGGAUUUGGCCCAGAUACUGAUCUUUUGCCAGUUGCAAAGGAGAUUAUUGUUGAUUCCAACUGUGGGGCAGCUAUACUAAGGGGGGCAGACAUCUAUGUUCCAGGGGUGAUGGCAGCUCAUCCUUCCAUGGAGAGUGGAGACACAGUCUCGGUUUAUGCCGAUCUGGAAGGGAAAUGCCGUAAAGGUCUUACCAAACAAUACCAUGGUAACAAGGUGUUUGUAGGAAACGGAACUGCCGUUCUUGCCAGAAAAGAUAUUUUCUGCUCCCAAGAAAAUGUGAGUGGUGUGGCGGUUCAUAUGACAUCUCCUUUGUUCAGAUGUCCAUCACUGGGUGGAGUUCUUCCUCAGCUGCUGUUCCUUCAAAACUUACCAUCUGUAGUGGUUGGUCACGUGUUGGAUCCUCAACCUGGUGAUGUCAUUUUAGACAUGUGUGCUGCCCCAGGUGGAAAAACCACUCAUUUGGCCUCUCUCAUGAGAGACGAGGGCGUAGUAAUUGCUUUUGACAAGAGCGAACCAAAAGUGGCCAAACUGAGAGCAAACUGUGAAAAGCUCUGUAUUCAAUGUGUAAAGAGUUUUGUAUUUGAUGGCGUCAAGUCUCUCGACUCUGAGAAACACUGUAAUAGGGAAAACACUUUACUAUCGGCGUCUCCACCCUACCCGUGUGGUACAUUCGACCGUAUCCUUCUCGAUGCGCCUUGCAGUGCCUUAGGUCAGCGUCCUCAGUUUUUUGUCCGAAUGACUUUGAAAGAGUUACAGUCCUAUCCGAGGCUACAAAGAAAACUCUUUACUACUGCUGUGGGGUUAUUAAAGGAGGAAGGAAUUCUUGUUUACUCCACUUGUACCAUAACUCCACAAGAAAAUGAGGAACAAGUUGCUUGGGCUCUGAAGUCGUUUCCUUGCGUGAAACUAGAUAAACAGACACCUCAUCUAGGAGGACCAGGUCUUCCUAACUGGGGUCUCUCAGAUGAUGAAUGUCAAUUGGUACAGCGGUUUGAUCCGACUAAAGUUAAUGCUAUGGACACAGAACGAUCUCAGUCUAAUGAAGAUACUAUUGGUUUCUUUAUUGCUAAGUUUAUUAAAAAGAAAAGUUCAUAAAAUCAAUAAAAAUUCUGGAAAAUCA